AUGGAGGACUCCACACAACUCGACAACGCCUUGUAUCAAGCUUGCAUUGCGGCAGACUUGCCGAAAGUCAAACUUCUGGUCAACAAGCAAAAUGCUCAGGUUAACAAAAUCAUCGGUCCUCCUGGUCAACUGGAUUACUCCUUAAAUUAUGCGACUAAAACUGGUUCGGUACCUUUGGUGCGCUUCCUCUUAGACCAUGGCGCGACUGUCAACGCAGCAGCACUCCGAAUCGCUGCUUUUGAAGGAGAUCAGCCCAUGUUGCAACUUCUUCUCGAGCCCGUCAAAGCCCUGUUGGUAUCCUCGGGCAUGUCUAGGAAAUGGCGAGUGGAUCUCGCUUCAAUACUGGUCGGCACGACAAGAAGGGGCCGCAGUGAGACAGCCGAACUUCUCAAAGUGUUCCGUUCAAGAAUCGAGGAAUUCGACAAAGCUGUUGACGCGGGACUUCUUGCGGCAUGUGCUGCUGGCGACAUGCGGUCCGUCAAGUAUUUCAUCGACAUGGGUGCUGGAAACAAGGUCGAAGCUUUAUCCACCGCAGCCGAGUACCAUCAGUUCGAACCACUAGGAUACUUCUUGGAGAACCAUUCGUUCGAGCCUGAGGAACUCGUCGAUCCAUUGACCUCGGCAGCUGGUGGUGGCCACAUGCCAUCAAUCCUUCUACUCAUCGAACAAGGAGCAGAAGAUGAAUCAGGUGCCGCAUUGGCUCGAGCUGCGAAGUUCUCUCAUGCCGAAGUCCUGAAACACUUUCUAGGCAUCUUCAGAUACACGAAAGAGAAGCUAUCAACAGCACUUGUAGCUGCUGCUCGUGCAGGUGAUACAGCUAUAAUGGAAGUGCUUAUCCGUAGGGGUGCCCAUGGCUCCGGAGUACUUGUAUUCACCGUCCAGAGAAGUCAUCUCGCAGCAACAGAACUCUUGAUUCGCGAGCUUCCAAAAGACCAAGCAGAAUUAUCGAAAGCGCUUGAGAAGGCCAUGUUCAUAUGGCUGCGACCAGUGCAGGCACGCAAACCUCAUCUUUCGAGAACGUCUAGUCAUUCUUCAAGAAGCACAGACAGCGACAUCGAACCUACAAUACCAGAAGUUCUUCGCGAUCGGGAAGAGUCGAGAAGACGCAUCGUUGAUGUGCUUCUUGAAGCAGGUGGUCGCUUGUCUGAACUGUACUACUGUCGCCUAUUGGAAAUGAUGAUCCUUACUCAAAAUCAGUACGGUGUCGAGCUACUGCACGAUAGCGCCAAAUUUACGACGGUCGACACACUACCUGAUGAUUAUCUGGUCAGCCUGGCAAUAUACCACCAACAGGACGAGAUGGUAGACCUCUUGCUCGGCUUUCCUGUAGCACAUAGGCCGAAGCCACCGGAGUCCACAGAGCUAAGCAGCGUGCAACCAAUCGUUGAUGACACCUACACAUGGGAAUCAAACGUCUACAACCCCAUUCCCAGCCCGCUCAUAUUGGCAGCGAAGUUCCGCAAUGAGCAUUGGUGUAGAACGUUGGUUCGUCGUGAGGAGACCGAUGCCAAUGAAUGGUGUUUUUAUAAGCCGAGCAGAAGACUUUUGAGCUUCUACGGUUCCGACAAAAAAACACAUACGCCAAAAGAAGAACAGUACGAAGAACUUGGUUGUCCAUUUGGUACCGAGUCUUUACACGACUGUGCUCUAUCAACGGCUAUCAAUUCGAGAGAUGUACCUAUCAUUCAUCUACUUAUCGAGAGCGGUGCAGAUCCAUGGGCGAAUCGACAACGUAUCUCCAUCUUCGAGCUGGCAGCCAAACAGAAUUAUCUACGAGACAUUCUGUCGUUCCUAGAGGAGUUCGCUACAGUAGACAUCGAUCGAAGAGAAUGGCAUGGUGGCAGGAGCAUGUUAGCCUGGGCUGCAAUAUACGGUAACGGGGAUUUGGUCGACAUGUUCUGCAAGAAAGGGGCUACCAUUGAUCUUGCGGACAGUUUGUUCAGGACGCCGCUACACCUGGCUGUGGCAGCCGGAAAUAUCGGCACAGUCAAAGGUUUAUUAUGGGCUGGAGCCAGCACGUCGCGUAGAGACGUAGAUGCUUACCUAUGCGCAGACGAGCUGGCCGCAAAACUGGCACAGGAAGCUUCUUGGUCGGAUCAAUCACGAGCAGUCAGAUUUGAGAUCAUUAGGUUCCUGGAAGACUGGAUCAAGAACAACAUGGAUCACCUCGAUGCUGCCAACAUCCGACGGGAAUCGAAAGCAGCUGAGGAAAGAGCGAAAGUGGAAGAGGCCUCAGUGGUAGCGGAAGAUGACUUGCUAGACCAUUUCAGCGACGAUGAUAGCGUGCAUUGGAGCGAUGAAGAGUGA